GGCGCGUCGGGCCGGACAGGGAGAGCUCGGUCCGCUGCAGAGGAAGAGGAGGAUGAAGAUGCGGUGGAAACAAAGGGAACCCUGAAGGUUCUGGUUCUGAAGCUGGAGAGCAAACCAAGCUGCGUCUGGACCGGAGCAGCCGAACCUUCCCAUGGCUGAUGAGGCUGCAGGGACCGAACCGGGUCCAGAGGAGGGAGGAGGAGGAGGAGGAGGAGGAGGAGGAGAGGUUACCAUGGAAACCCCCAGCGCGCCAGUUUACUGCGUGUGUAGGAAACCAGACAUCAACUGCUUCAUGAUAGGCUGCGACAGUUGCACCGAGUGGUUCCACGGUCAAUGUGUUGGCAUUUCCGAGAGGGCGGCCAAAGCCAUCAGAGUUUGGUUCUGUCCGUCCUGCAGAGACAAAGACUCUUCUCUGGAGAUCAAAUACCGGCAGAAGAAGAACAAAGAGGCGGACCCUGAGAGAGACGAACGACCCGAUGGAGAGAGAGGCUCCACCCCCCAGCCCAAAAUCGACAGGAGGCGGGGUUCGCAGAUCAAGCGCUCGGCCCGGAUGUGCGGAGAAUGUGACGCCUGUCUGAGAACGGAGGACUGCGCUCAGUGUGAUUUCUGCAAAGACAUGAAGAAGUUUGGAGGUCCAAACAAGAUCCGGCAAAAAUGUCGCCUUCGCCAGUGCGAGGUCCGAGCCCGGAAAAUGCUCCGUGUCCGAGAUGAAGAGAUGAGCCGGAGUGGCAGCAGGGGGCGGAGCCUGUCCAUGAAGGGGGCGGGGCGCCUCUCAGAGGACGAUGAUGAAGAGGAGGAGGAGGAAGGGUUUAGUGAAAGCGAGCUGGAACUGUACGAGCAGUACAAAGCAGCAGGAUACAGAGACCUGGUGUGGCACACUGAGGAGGAGGAGGAGGAAGACGCCCAGUCGGACUCACUGAGGAAGAAGGCGGUAAAGGUGAAACAUGUGAAGAGGCGGGACAAGAAGCCAGAGAAAAAGAAGUCUGUUUCCGUUCCCAAAGAGGAGGCCAAACCACGGCGUCACAAAGUGAAGCAGCGCCACAGGGAGCGCGUGCGGCAUAGCGAGCGAGCCGGGGAAGGCGCGGCCAAAGAGGCAGGCGGUGCUAUGAGGCAAUGUUUGGGUCCAGGCUGUGUGGAACCGGCCAGGACCGGUUCCAAGUACUGCUCUGAGGACUGUGGCAUGAAGCUGGCUGCUAACCGGAUCUACGAAAUCCUGCCUCAGAGGAUCCAGCAGUGGCAACAGAGUCCCUGCGUGGCCGAAGAGAUGGGGCGGAGACAGCUGGAGCGAAUCAGGAGGGAGCAGCAGGCCGCCAGGCUCCGCCUCACGCUAAUGGAGAAACGCUUUCAUGAACUGGAAGCCAUCAUUGCCAACGCCAAGCAGCAGCANGUAGUAAAGUAA